CCAGAGCAUCAGAGACCAGAGCAUCAGAGACCAGAGCAUCAGAGACCAUCUCAGACAAUACAAUCUUCAGCAUCUCAACCAUCUCUGAACCAUGAAGACCCUGACUGCUCUACUCCUCCUGGGACUGCUCUGCUCCCUACAUACAACGUCUGCAGGUGUCAUUGCGUUGGACACUGCAACUGAAUGCUGUAUGAAAUUCAGCGCGAGGAUCCCUCUUAAACAAGUGGUUUCUCUCAGAACAACUUCCAGUAGCUGCCCUCACAAAGCACUGAUUUUCACCACAAAGAAAGGGAAGACAUUUUGUGUUGACCCUUCUGAAGCCUGGGUCCAGAGUCAUGUGACCAAGAUUGAGAGCAGAUCGACUGCUGCCAAGACGACGAUGAUGUCAUCAACCACCAUCACCCCCUAACACGCUAACCCUUGCUGGUGCACUAUAAAGGGAAUAGUUUGCCAUUAGUGACGCAAACCUUGUCAGGCAUGUUGAUACCCUAUCUGAGAUUGGUAUAGAGGAGGAUCAAUGUAAUGUACUAGGUUAAUACCCUAUCUGAGAUUGGUAUAGAGGAGGAUCAAUGUAAUGUACUAGGUUCAUCUGAGAUUGGUACGGAGGAGGUUAAAUGUAAUGUACUAGGUUAAUACCCUAUCUGAGAUUGGUAUAGAGGAGGUUCAAUGUAAUUCUAAUUGUUUAUUUUUCUAUAACUGUAAAAAUAUUUGACAUGUAGCUAUUCAGUAACCUAUUUUAUAUUUUAUAUUUUAUAAAGCUGUUGAUGAUUUCAAACAUAUCCUGUAUGUAUUAAUGGGUUGUAACUAGGUCUUUUCUGCUAUAUAAAUAUUGU